AUGUCAUUGAACGAGAUUGCUAGUUCGCUUCGGCUUAUUGAAAAAGCGAAAUAUCAAUACUCUCUAGGGGACCAAACUAAGGCAAAGAAGACAGUACUUGAAGCUGUUAAUAUACUCAAUGUUGUUUUGAAAUCAGACCCUGCGGAUAUAGCGUUGGUUAAAUCGUUAUGCUUUGAGGCCAUUGAAUUGCAUAAGGGUAUCACAUCGAAGGAGAGACUUCUAAGCUUUGAUGAAAGACUAUCCUGGCUAGGUUCUGUGGUUAAUGGCGGGUUUUAUCCCCCUUUGAACGAACAAUUUCAAUAUGUGGAGACAGUGGAUCUUGAUGAUAAAUUACAUCUUUCAAUUGAACAGCAGAAAAAAUUGAUUGGAUGGGAAUCAAUUGGAGAUCAUGCUGAUUGGACACUCCAGGGAACAGACCAUUGGUUUCAGGAUUAUCUACAAGAUUGUUCAUUUGUUGCUUCCAUAAUUUCCUUAUCAAAAAAUAAUGCGCAAGAGUUAUUGGAUACAAUAAUACCCAGAUUCUCAUCAAGGAGGCAUGGUGUAAAGCUGCAUUUCAAUGGAUGUAAGAGGCUGGUUGAAGUUGGUGAUAAGCUACCCAAACUUAACGGGGAAUGUUUAUAUAUUAAGUCAUGGAGCAAUGAAAAUCUAUUAUGGGCUGCGUUAAUUGAAAAAGCAUAUCUUAAAGUUCAAGGUCAUGGGUAUGAAGCCAAAGGUUCAAAUGCAAGUAUUGAUACAUAUAUGGUUUCUGGAUGGAUUCCAGAUUUCAUUAAUGCAAAUCAACGUGUGAAUUUGAGGGACGCAUGGGAGAGCCUUUACACACAUUUUCAACAGAAUGAACUGGUACUGUCGUUAGGGACUGGUGAAUUUACAGAAGAAUUUCAUCCAAAUCAUGAUUACUCUGUACUUGAACUGGUAGAGGAAACGGGCUCGGUGGUACUUAAAAAUCCAUGGGAAAGAACUAUAACGUCCAUUAAGUUUACCGAAAUCUUUGAGCAUUUCGAAACUCUUUACAUCAAUUGGAAUCCAAUAAAUUUCCUUCAUUCAAAGAUGAAUUUUGUGUGGACUUUUGGUGAGAAUAUUCUCUACAAUUACCCACAAUUUUCUGUUAAAAAUGAUUCUACUAAACUCAAUGAAAUUUGGAUUUUAGUUGAAAAGCAUCUUGGGUACCAAGAAUCUUCUAUAAAUACAUUUGUCUACCAAAGUCAAGGUGAGAAGCUCAUUUCAAAGGGGAAAUCUUUAGCGUUCAAUUCAGCUAAUAACAGUGGAUUUCAUCUAUCAAAGUUCAAGCUGGAAGCUGGUCAAUGUGCUACUAUAGUUGUCUCUAAUGAUGCUAGACAGACUCAAAACUUCACAAUUCACUCAUACUCAACCUAUGAAGCUUCCAUAACUAAAGCGAAAGUACUUUUACCAUUUGCUAAAACCAUUGAAGGUGAAUGGACAGUGGAGUCGUGUGGUGGAAAUUGGUCACAUCAAAGCUAUAUCAAGAAUCCACAAUAUGAAUUGCAUAUCCCCCAACAGCCAAAUGAUGUUAAUAUCACUUUUGGACUUUAUUCCAAAGAAGAUGUCUUGUUGAAUUUUCAAUUGUAUUGGAUUGAUGAUAAACCAUUCACACAGAAAAAGUCAUUAAUUAAUGAAAAAUAUCAACCAGGAUCAGUAGUAAGCUCAAUAUCUUUGAAAAGUGGAAUCAAAUACAAGAUUGUUGUCUCUACUUAUGAUCCGGAUAUACUGGCUUCUUUCAAAUUAAUUGUGAAUUCUGAUUCUGAUUUUCAAAUCAAUAAAAUAUCAACUUCACUUGGGCUCUUCACAAAAUCUUUCAAAUUUGAAUGGAAUAAUAAAAAUAGAUUCAAGUUGAGAUUUAGUACUAAAUGGAAAACAACGGCAAAUUUUCAUAUAUGGACAGAUAAUUUAUAUUCGAGUUACAGGCCAAAAAUUCGUGCAAGUUUAUUUUAUGCAGAUGGUAGACCCAUAGAUAUUAAUACUGAAUUUAAUGACUCGUUGUUUGGGAUUUGGCUACAAAAUGAGGUCUUGAUGGGCGAUGAGUCUGUUAUAUUGCUAAUUGAAAGAUUUGAGGCUGGUAAAGAUGAGGUCUUAGUGGAGAUAGGAUCUGAUUAUAAACUUGAAGUUUUAACCUAA